CCAACUGACGCCGUGGUAAAUAAAUGAAGGUUGGCAGCUGAAAAUACGAAGUAAAUGACUGCAUUGUUUGGUAUAUAUUCAAAGACAAUUAUUAUUGUGCAUUCCUGUGAUUAUGAAGAGAUAUUAGCACUUUAAAAAAGUCCAAAAAAUUAGAUACGGAGCUUGAGUAGAGACAAAGAAGGGAUGCUGAUACUAGGACAGAACGAACUGGUGUUGUUGUUCAGGUUCAAAAACAUCGAAAGAGUCUUCCUAAGGUAAAAUGAGUUCUCAAGGAGAAGAUAACRCUUCGAUGCAGGUAUCAGACAAAGGAAACGGCGCUACCAGCGGUACUUCAAUGCCUGAAUACAGUUAUGAAGUAAGAGAAGGAUUUAGUCUACAUAAACAACAAGGAAGGUCGGGUAGUAUUCCGGAGAUCCCAGCAAUACCUACUAACCUUAUGGUACCUCCUUCACAUGUGAGUUCGAGUACUACCUCGACCGUUAAAACUGGAGGACGUCAAAUGACCAUAAAUAUAUCCCAAGAAACAGGGACAGCGUUUAACAGCAAGGAGGCCAAACAAGAUGUUGGUGAAAUUCAUCAGAAUCUUAACAGUAUACAUUCUCAUGUUGUGCGUGAGGCUGAUGUGCUUCAAGAUCUUCAAAGUCAAUUAUCAAUCAAGGCACAUGAAAUGGAAAGACUAAGAGCUGAAAUAAGYCAAUAUGAGAGAACUGAAAGAGAGGCAUUACAAAGGGRUCAUUUAUCUGGGUAUGGAACCUCAGUAACGCAGGCAGGAGAUCCAAGGAGUGGGUUUAGCAGGACAGUUGCCAUGCCAACUGUAGGAUCUGGAACCAGUGACACAGAUUCCAUUAUCAGGGAAUAUAAAUYGAAGAUAGAGGAUUUAAACACAAGACUCAAAAUGACAACAGAACUAUGUGCUAAACAGGAUUCAUACUACAGAGAUAUAAUAAAGGAAUUGGAAGACAGACUGACAGAAACUGUAAAUGGCAGAGAUCACAUCUUGACCCUCAGAGAUAAAGAGGCUGCCAACCAAAUGAACUUGAURAGGCAGUUGGAAGCUGCUCUCAGAAAACAGCAACAACUCAGCUCUGAAAAAGAAGAGGUGAUUGUCUCCUUGGAAGAAAAGCUUAAAUAUCUUGAAAGUUGUCAUUCCCAAACCUUAUCUAUUAUUGAUAAGCUCAAACAUAUAGUCAGUGAAGAAGAAAUCAAAAGAGGAAGACCUGGAAUAAUCCACAGUCAAGAUACCAGGAACAAAGAGAUAACAUCUUUCACAGCAGACUUGAUCGUCCAGACAGUACAAAAAUGUUUACUKGAAGACAGAAAUGAAAAACAGUCACUUAAUACCAAGCUUGAAAAGGUUAUCAGAGGUCAUGAACAAGUUGAGAAGGAAUUGACAGCAAAAAAUGAGCAACUGAAACAGGAAUAUGAAUCCAAGCUAGAAGCCAUCAACAGGGACCAUACUCAAGCACUAGAUAGUACUGAAUCUAGAUCUGCUCAUAUGAAAGAGGAACUAGAUGAUAUGAGACAAAAAUUGGAUUAAAGCAGCAUGAAACAGAAGUUUCUAGCUUAUUUGACCAAACCAAGGUUUUGYGUCUGGAGCUCACAAAAAUGGAGAAAGAAAAAAGUGAUGCCGUAAGUGAAUUUGAAAAGAAGUCUAUUGAUUUUCAAAACACAACCAACGAUGCUAAAGUUGAACUGAAGGUUUUACGAGAAGAAAAAGACAAACUACUUCUGAGUUUGUCCCAGGAGCAGGCGAGUAACAUUUCCUUGAAAGAGAAACUGGAAAUUGCAGAAGCAGAAAGACAAGCUGAGAAAGAAAGAUUUGUUCACAAAUCAGAAGAAAAUAAUACGAAAGAAGCUAAGCUAAAGGAAGAAAUAGAGAAGAUUAGGACGGAGUUAGAAGAAUAUAAAACUUUAUUUAUUCAAAAACAAAAGGAAUUUCAUGAACAAGCUGUGAAAAAUAUCGAAAAUGUAACCAAAGAAGAACAAGGAAAAGCUAAUGAUAGACUAAAUAUCAUAUUGUUUGAACUUAACAAAGUCAGCUCCGAAGCUGAGCAGCUUAAAACCGAMUUGGAAAACAAGAAUACAGAAUUGAAAAAGGCGCUGGAAGAAAACAAUAAGAUGAGAUAUGACUUAGAAAAGAGAGAGCAAGAAAUGGCUCUCAUAAGACAGGAGAAGCUUGAUUUAGCAGCCAAACACGAGAAGCACGUGAAGGAAGCUGAACAACUACAGAAAGACUUUGAAUUAAAAGUACAGUAUUCCGACAAAAUAACACAGGAUUUAAACYAUGCUCAUGUUCUGAUUGAAAAGUUGAGAGCACAACUCGAUGAAAGAGAGAGGACAAUAGCUUCUUUUAGAGAACAAGGAACAAACCUGGCUGAGAUUCUUGAGAGGAAUAAUGUGGCGAGUGAUUCGCUGCAAAGGGAACGAGAAGAGCUGGUAAAGAAGGUAGAAGAACAGGUCGUUGAAGUGCAAGAAAUGAAGAAACACAGAGAAAUAUUGGCUAAGAAACUAAAAGCAAAGGACAAACGAGUAAAAGAAUUAGAACAAGAAAAUGGUAAUAUACAAAAGACAUUAAAUCUCAAAAACGAGGAACUUGCUGCAUGGACUGAGGAACGAGAAAACGUGCUAUCUGAACUCAAGGCAAGACAAGUAGAGGUCGUAAAACUAACAGAAGAGCGCGACUCCCUAAAUAACUUGAUCCAAGGAAAAGACGGUGAACGAGAAAAAGAGAUUGGCAAGUUGAUAUCGAGACUAAAAGGAUCCGAGCAAGAUCUUUCACUUACGAAGAAACUGCUGAAAUCUAAAGGAGAAAUGAGCGGAAAAGCUGUGCGCGUUGCUGAAACAAUGCAGAGAGAAGUGACGGAAAAACGAGGAGAAAUGGACUCGCUAUUGAACAAAAUCCAUUGGCUUCAAGAAAACCUUAACGCCGCGGUUCAGGAUAAGAUGCACUACGAGUCCAAGAGUAGUAGAUUAUCAGAAGAGCUACAUGAGGUAGUCCUCGCCCGAGAUGAACUGAGAUUUGAUGUCCAACAAACAAGAGGAGAAUGUGCAAACUACCAGAAACAAGUUAACCACCUUGAACAGGCACUUGAAAAGGCUGCGGUAAAGUUUGCUGAAUCCCAAAGUAUCAUAGAAAAAUUAGAACAAGAAUUGGCUAGACUGAAGUUGAAACACUCUCUAGAAUUGAAGGAACAGGAAAGAAAACUUAAAGCAGGAUCAACUUUACUUAAAGUAGACGCAGCAACUAUAGCUGAAAUACUGGCCCGAGUAAACGCUGGAUUAAGGUUACCAAUCGUAAGCAGUCAGAUAGGGACCAUCAAUACCACUGUACCUCAGAAAACCCCUGUUAUGGCUCAACCAAUCACAUUACAGAACCUGACAAACAAGACGCCUCAGCCACAAACCCAGCCGGAAAGUCCCUUGAAAGACAAUGAAGUUCAGCAGGAUCUCAAAUGUUUACUACAAGAUGUAAGAACACUAAUAUCAAGCUUCCAGGCCCACCUGACUCAGUCAUCUAUUGCACCUACUCCCUUGAAACAAAUCGCUUUACCAAACACUGGUGAUGAGCGUCUUAGUAAAAAACAUAGACCUAAAGAGGAUAAGAUGCUAAGAAUAACUAAACCUCGAAUAUCGAAGCCACACCAUCCUGGUGAGGAACAAGAACAAGGCGGAUAUCAAGAUACGGACCAAGAAAUGGAAAGACUUAUGAAUCGCGAUAGUCAAUUCGAUGAAAGUAUUGACAUGGAUCAGGACUAUCUUGAAAAUAUGAGACCUCCUCUAAGGAGCUCUUCUCCAAAACCAGAAAGUCUUGUUUCCUUAGCAACGGACCAAGAUUCAUACACAUUUGACCCACCCAUUAGAGACCAUGGUGGUGGAAAUAAUCUCAAUGAUUCUGAUGUGACGUCAUUACUUUCGUUUGCCUCUACCGUGUCUGGAACAACAGUAGACGAUCUAAUCUUGAUGGAGACAAACAGCUUAAAACCAGCGAUAGCGCCGCCAGUCAGUAAAGGUCAGCGUUAUUCCUCGACGACACAUUCUAAAAUAUCAGAUAAAGAAAAUAUAGGGACGACCAGGACUGGCCCGAGAAUAAGCUAUAAUAAGACCUCAACUAAAAGAGAAAAAGAUGCUUCUCCUCCCUCGYAUGAAAGAGCGGAAUUGAUGCUCCGGUCUCUCGCCCAAACAGGAACUCACUUAACUAAGAAAAAUAAAGAAAUCGCCCGCCUUCUCAAUGAACAAGAUCGCAGAAUCAAAAAAUGCAGAGACAACGAACAAGGAAUACAAACGCUUCUAAGCUAAAUGUACAGACUAUAUCCAACACUAAGAUUCGCAUCCAUGCAUCGUAAGCAUUACAUUACGGUAUUUUUAAAGCAGAGCAGAACUUACAUUACUGUUUUUAAAAAACUCCCUGUACGGUGUUGUCGUGAGGUAUGCCCCUAUUUCCCAGUCCACUCGCCAUCCCCUCGCCAUCAGGAAAGUGAAAUCACCCUUUCCUCGCGUCAUAAAUUUGUCAAACCCCUUAAAGCUCAAUGCUAGGCUUCAGACCACAUGUCAUUCUUCUAUGUUUCGUUUCUUUGUCUACUGGUCAUGCUUGAAAAAUAAAGAAUUUUUUAAUGCAUUGUA